AUGCCUUCCAGUUUGAACGAGACCAGAAUUGUGACCAUCAAUGGAAACUCUAACAAAACCUGUCAAGUUUACAAGAACAAUCUCGGUGACACUUUUUGGGGUAAAUGUGAUGGUACAAAAAGAAAAAGAUGUACGUCUUUCUUCCCAAUGAAAAUCUUAGAUGCUCCAGGUCUGAAGGACGAUUACUAUCUUAAUUUGGUUGAUUGGAAUGCUGCAAAUCUGGUAGCCAUUGCUCUAUCUGAUACAGCAUACCUUUGGCACCCAGAGUUGGGAGUGCAUGAGGCUAUAAAUGUGGAGUCAGGAUACAUCUCAUCAGUCGCAUGGAUUGAAGAUAGAAACAAUCUUGCAAUUGGAACCAGUGGUGCUAAUGUGCAGUUGUGGGACAUUGAGACAAAGAAGAAAUUACGCAACAUGCGUAGCCACAGUUCAAUGGUUGGUGCUCUGAGCUGGAAUAGCUACAUUCUUAGCAGUGGCUCCCGAUUUGGAUCUAUUCACCACCAUGAUGUAAGAAUUGCACAUCACCAUGUUGGCACUCUCUGUGGUCACACCUCUCAAGUGUGCAGCCUUAAAUGGUCACCAAAUGGUGCAGUACUCGCGAGUGGUGGCAAUGAUGGUCUACUGAAUAUUUGGCUUAAUGAUCCAGGAGCCAACAUUAACAGUAAACCAGAUAUGACCAUUAGUAAUCAUCAGUCAGCUGUAAAGGCCAUGAACUGGUGCCCUUGGCAAUCAGGGAUACUUGCUGUGGGUGGAGGAAUGAAAGAUGGACAUUUGCGUCUAUGGGAUACAAAGAGUGGGACCUGUAUUGGAGAUGUGGAUACAAAAUCACAAAUUUGUUCAUUACUCUUCCUAUCACAACACAACGAGUUAGUAACUGGCCAUGGAUUUCCCAAGCACCAGGUCUCAAUCUGGAAUUACCCAACUCUUGUGAAAUCAGCAGACCUUAAAGGUCACAGAGGGAGAGUUCUGCAUCUGGCAUCCAGUCCUGAUGACAGUGUAGUGUUUUCAGCAGCAGCUGAUGAAACAGUUUGUUUAUGGAACUGUGGCACUGCCAGUGAACAGAAGCUGGAUGUAAAACAGGCGAUCAGUGGUGAGGCUUCACAAUACUGA